AUGAUAAGACAGUCUGUGGUAGCAGCAGCCUUAUCAAGAGUAGGUCUUAAAGUUCUUCAUUUGGACAGGAAUGAUUAUUAUUCUGGCCAGUGGGUAACUUUCACAUUUGAUACAUUGUUGAAAUGGAUCGAAUGCAACCAGGCUAAAGAUGUUGAAGACACAAACAAAAACCCAGAUGAACAGUUGGAGUCUGGCACCCUCAAUAAUGGACCACCCAGCCUGGAGACAGAUACCUACACAAUUCCAGUUCCUGGUCAAUCCAAUGAAAUCAAAAAUGUAGUUGUCAAAUCCUAUUUUAGUUCAGAUUCCAGUAAUGUACAAGAAGUCGCAUUUGUGCAACUACCGAGACAGAGAAGUGCACCCAAGCCUGUUAUAGACAUGAACAUGACAUAUGAUGAUCUAAAGCCAUACUGGAAAAGAUUCAACAUUGAUAUAUCUCCCAAACUUCUGUUUUCUAGAGGCCCACUUGUGGAGGCAUUGAUUUCUGCAAACAUCAGUCAUUACGCAGAGUUCAAAGUCAUCACAAGGAUCUUAACGUACAUUGAUGGAAGAGUGGAGGAGGUGCCGUGUUCAAGAGCUGAUGUAUUUAGUAGUAAUGCCAUAUCUGUAGUGGAGAAACGGAUGCUGAUGAAAUUUCUGACUUUCUGCCUUGAUUUUGAACAACAACAAGACCAGUAUGAAGGGUUUGAGGACAAACCUUAUAGUGAAUUCCUCCAGUCUCGAAGACUGACCCCCAACCUGCAGCAUUUUGUAAUUCAUGCCAUUGCAAUGGUCAAACCAGAAACUGCAACAGUGCAAGGAUUAAAAGCUACACAAAGGUUUCUUCAAUCCCUCGGACGCUAUGGAAACACGCCCUUCAUUUGGCCCCUUUAUGGUGCUGGAGAGCUACCACAAGCAUUUUGCCGCAUGUGUGCUGUGUUCGGUGGCUUAUACUGCCUCAGGCGAGGGGCAUCAACCAUCAUUGUCAGUGAAGCUGAUGGCACAUGCACAGGAAUAAUCUCCGAAAAUCAAGUGCUGAAAUGCAAAUGGUUGAUAACAGAAUUUUCUUAUGUGCCUGAAAGAUUCAGAAAAGAAUGCACACAAUUUGUUUCCAGAGCAGUUUUCAUAACCUGUGGCUCUUUGAAGGCUUCUGAAGAGGAUCACAUCACUAUUCUGUCAGUCCCUCCAUCAUCAGAGGGAGGAGAGCCAGUCAGAGUCACUGAAUUAGGGCCAUCCUCUAUGGCAUGUCCCAAAGGUCUCUACGUAGUCCAUUUAGUUAGUAAAGGUUUGUCUGCUGCCAAGGAAGAUUUGCAACCAACGGCAGACAAACUAUUUCAUUUUCCAUCCGAUGCUGGAACUGCUCCCAGUGACAAGCCCACUGUCCUGUGGUCUUUGUAUUUCAACCAAGCAAUCCCUGAUUCAUCUUGCAUCAGCGACUUGCCACCGAAUGUUUAUGUUACAUCACUUCCAGGAAUGUCCAUAGGAUUUGGUGAAGCCCUGCAACAGGCCAAGGAGGUAUUUGAAAAAAUCUGUCCUGAUGAAGAAUUCCUGCAACCAGUUCCUAACCCAGAAGAUAUCAUAUUAGAUGACUUCUUACAAGAUGCAAAUCAGAAUGCCACACAACCAGGGCUGGGAGCUCAAGCCGAUGCUGCUGAUCCAGACAGUGGGGAAGAACCUCCAGCUUUAACGACAGAACAGGAGCAAACUGAGGGCGACAGUGGUGUUAGCAAUCAGCCCGGUGGGGAAGAAGGUCUGACAGAACAGGAACGAGCUGGGGAAGGCUGUGGUGUUAGCAAUCAGCUCAGUGGAGAAGAGAGUCCAGUCUUAGCAACGGAACAGGAACAAGCUAAUGCUGAUGGUGUUGAAAGUAGUCAACCAAGUGAAGAAGACAGUCAAUCAGCAACUGCACCAUCUGACUCUUAGGAAUAUCAGGCAAUAUUAUCAUUAAACAUAAAACUGUCUUGACAAAAAACAGCUUACUGUUAUCCUAAAAAUGGUUAACGAUGGCAAUAUCAGUAGAUAACAAGAUGUCCCCUGAUUCAUAAUGUAUAGCCAUAGUAAAUGUGUAGGACAAAAAUAAGGGGAGAUGCAGAGGACUAAUUUUUAGCGUGGUGGCAGCCAUGGCUCGAGUCCCGCCCUGUAACGGAUCGGGUAGCCACUCUCGUAAGGUCUCACAUGGAUGGCUUGAUACCCUAUUGAAGGACAACAGAACAAACAACAGAAACAAUGCCCCUAGCCCCAAAACAAUAACAGCUGCUAACAAUCAAAAGAAGUACAAACUUGCGAAAACUGCUAUACUUCUGCCUGGAACACUGCAUUGUGGAUUUUUCUCUUGGGUUGGGGUACAGUUUUCUUCACAGUGCCUCUCUCCAUCUAGGUGUAUAAAUGAGUAUUACUAAUUUUAUGCGGGGCGUUACCCUGCAAAGGACUAGCAUCCCAUCCAGGGAUGAGUAGAAGCACUCCUGGGACACUUGACCCAACCUGCUUCCAAAAGUAACAGAUGGACGAAAUAAAAAAUGUUACAUGCAAUGGUGACGAAAAGGCAAUGUAGCUAAAUUAUGAUCAAAAAUUCACAAUAAUAUUAAUGAUACAUUUAGAGGAGAAAUGUCGAUUAGAGAUAAUUAGUAUCUAAAAUGUAACUGAUUUUAACUUUAUUUUGUCAAUCACGGUUGUUAUAGGCGGAACGGAAUAUCCAUGUAUUGACCAGCAGGUUUGAACUAGUACAAGUUGUAGCUGGAAUCAAUUUAUUUUUCUUACGUAAAUUUUUAAGAGCACAAAUAAAGAUCGUUGUUGUUUCAAAGUCAAA